AAUAGAUGAUCUGUCUCUCUCUAUCUAAAAAUCUAAGCCUUUUGUGUCUUUCUCUCUCUGAUUAGAAAAGAAGUCUUCUAUCCUUUCAAAAUUCUUGGCAAAUCAUUUGUUUGAUUCUGGAAUUGUAUCAGAGAGAGAGAGAAGAGGGAGGUUCAUGGCUAAUAAUCAUAUCAUGCUCUACUUAGCAUCUGUUAUCUUGCUUGUAGGGAUUAUCAGUUCAUCAUUCAACAUGCAGGGCAUUGCAGCAGAAAAUCUUUCCAAGCAGAAACUCACCUCACGAAUUCUUCAGGAAGAGAUUGUAAAGGAAGUCAAUGAGAAUCCAAACGCUGGAUGGAAAGCUGCUCUCAAUGAUCGCUUUGCUAACGCCACCGUUGCAGAGUUUAAGCGCCUCCUCGGUGUUAAGCCAACACCAAAGAAUGAAUACUUAGGUGGUGUACCUGUUGUCACACAUGACACAUCUCUCAAGCUUCCAAAAGAAUUUGAUGCUAGAACCGCCUGGUCACAGUGCACCAGCAUUGGAAGGAUCCUAGAUCAGGGCCACUGUGGUUCUUGCUGGGCAUUUGGUGCUGUGGAAUCAUUGUCUGACAGAUUCUGCAUCAAAUAUAACAUGAAUAUUUCUUUAUCAGUCAAUGAUCUAUUAGCAUGUUGUGGAUUCCUUUGCGGUCAAGGCUGUAACGGUGGCCACCCUAUUUCCGCAUGGCUGUACUUUAAGCACCACGGUGUAGUCACUGAAGAGUGUGAUCCAUACUUUGACAAGACCGGAUGCUCACACCCGGGAUGUGAACCAGCAUGGUCUACACCAAAAUGUGUGAAGAAAUGUGUUGGUGGAAACCAGCUUUGGGAUGAAUCAAAACACUAUGGAGUUAGCGCUUACAGAGUCAGUCAUGACCCUCAAGACAUUAUGGCAGAAGUUUACAAAAACGGACCUGUUGAGGUUGCCUUUACCGUUUACGAGGACUUUGCACAUUACAAAUCUGGAGUGUACAAACACAUAACAGGUAGUAACAUUGGAGGUCAUGCUGUUAAGCUUAUUGGCUGGGGAACUUCUGAUGAUGGCGAAGAUUAUUGGUUGCUUGCAAAUCAAUGGAACCGAAGCUGGGGUGAUGAUGGUUACUUCAAGAUUAAGAGAGGAACAAACGAAUGUGGCAUCGAACACGGUGUUGUAGCCGGUUUACCUUCGGACAAGAACGUAGUUAGAGGUAUUAAUACUUCGGAUGAUGUUCUAAUUUCUUCAUUUUAAAGCUAAAAUCAAGAUGCGCUCUCUCAACUCUCUGUAACAUAUGUAACAAGCCACUGUAUUAUUGUUUCCAAUGAAAGAAUCAAAAGACUUUAUAAACCCAACCAAAAUAUAUAUCUCCUAGUAUUAUAUA